AUGAUUCGAGAAAGAAUGAAAGCAGCCCAGAACAGGCAGAAAAGCUAUGCCGAUAAUCGACAGAGGAAUCUGGAGUUUGCAGUAGGAGAUUGGGUAUACCUCAAAGUAUUACCCAUGAAACGAGUCAUAUGUUUCGGUAAAAAGGGAAAGUUGAGUCCUCGAUACGUAGGACCCUUUGAGGUAAUCAAAAGAGUUGGUCUAGUAGCUUAUGGAUUGGAUUUGCCAGCAGAAGUGAAGGGAAUACAUAAUGUAUUUCAUGUGUCAACCUUAAAGAAAAGCUUUGGAGAAAGAUGGCCAGUGGUAAUGGAGCUCGACGAGAUUUGGCUUCAACCCAACCUGUCUUAUAAAGAAUGGCCAAUGCAGAUUGUGGAUAGCAAUGAACAAGAGUUGAGGAAUAGGAAGAUACCUCUAGUAAAAAUUCUCGAGGAAGGCUUCAUUUUCGACAAGCAUUACCACGUGAGGAGCAACAACCGUGGUGUAGCUCGAAGGAAGCAGAAAGAAGAAAUCUACGCAAUUUUGAUGAGAGGCAGAAUCGAGUCGCACAACGGAAGAACGCGUGAGUAG